GGGCCAAGGGAUGAGCCGGGGCGCGCCUUCCCAAUGGCAUCUCCCCCUGGUCUGGAACUGAAGACCCUGAGCAAUGGGCCCCAAGCCCCAAGGAGACCAGCGCCUCUGGGCCCCGUGGCCCCACCCAGGGAGGGUGUGGAGAAUGCCUGCUUCUCCCUGGAGGAGCAUGAGACCCAUUUCCAGACCCCUGUGGACGCCAGACUGGGCAGCUCCCCCAGUCCCCCUGGGGGUGUCCCCUCGUGGUCCCGAUCCCAGAGGGAUGAUCUAUCCCUGCGCUCAGAAGAGGCGCCCGGCCUGGAAGCUGUGAGCCGCCCAGUGGAUUAUGGCUUCGUUUCUGCUCUGGUUUUCCUGGUGAGUGGGAUCCUUCUGGUGGUGACAGCAUACGCCAUCCCCCGAGAGGCCCGCGUCAACCCAGACACGGUGACAGCACGGGAAAUGGAACGACUAGAGAUGUACUAUGCGCGCCUGGGGUCCCACCUGGACAAGUGCAUCAUCGCGGGCCUGGGGCUGCUCACGGUGGGCGGCAUGCUCUUGUCGGUGCUGCUUAUGGUCUCCCUGUGCAAGGGGGAGCUGUACCGCCGGCCGACCUUCGUCUCCGGCAGGGGCUCCAGGAAGACCUAUGGCUCCAUUAACCUGCGCAUGAGACAGCUCAAUGGAGACGGGGGCCAGGCCCUGGUGGAGAACGAAGUGGUCCAGGUCUCAGAGACCAGCCACACCCUCCAGGGUUCCUAAGUAAGAGCCCACCCGAUCUGCUUUAUCUCCAAGGCCAGAAGGCCCGAGAGGCCCGGGGUUUCUGACUGAGCUCCACAGAGGGCCCCGUGGAAGGAGUCUUGGGUGCUGGUGGGGGAGCCCAGGGCCUGGCUAGGCCCCACUUGGGAGAGUGGCCCCCAGUCUGUUUCGUAGUUUGAGGUUUUGCCUAAGGUUCUGCUUGGUGGAUGGAUUCUGCUGCUACAAAUACAAAAGUUUGGAAACUGCUGCCCUUUGAGGAUGAGGUUUCUUGGCAUUUCUGAGGAUUGAGAGCUCUCUGAAAGGCUGCCAGUCCGUUCCCCAUGUUGGGGAAUUCAGAGAGCUCUGCUAUUCUCAUCAGCAGAGUAUGGGCGUUAGUGACCUCAGAGGGACCUUUCAGCCCUGACCAUCGAAGUUGGGAGGUGGCUUCAAAAUGAGGGGGAGAAGUCAGCGCUGGUGUCACCUCCACUCUCUCUGCCUCGGUCCCGGACUUCGUCAUGGGAGGGUUGGACUGGAUGAUCCCUAGGAAUGGGAGCCCAGUAUUGACCGCUGGCUACUCCUUUGUGGGACGAGAGGCAGCCAGGUAUUGACCAUCUUUUGUGCCAUUUUCUGGCCCUGCUUUGGUGGCCACCACGGUCAACCAGCCAGCAUCUUCCUCAGUCCUGCGGACAAGGGGUCUUUUCUA